AUGUCUAAGCUUAUUAUCGUCGUCCUCGCCGCCCUCGUGGCCGUGGCCCGCGCCGGCUACCUGGGCGCCCCUGCCGUCUACGCCCCCGGCGCUCCACUGGCCGCCCGCGCCUACGCUGCUCCCGUGGCGUACGCCGCCCCCGCUCUCCGCGCUGCCCCUGUGGCUGUCGCCGCCCCCGCCGUGAGGGCCGCCCCCGUCGCCGUCGCCGCCGCCCCUGCCGCCGUCGCUGCCGAGUACGACCCCAACCCCCAGUACAGUUACGCGUACAACGUGCAGGAUGCCCUCACCGGUGAUUCCAAGACCCAGCACGAGAGCCGCAGCGGUGACGUCGUCCAGGGCAGCUACAGCCUGGUCGAGCCCGACGGUUCCAUCCGCACCGUGGACUACACGGCUGACCCCGUCAACGGCUUCAACGCCGUCGUGCACAAGGAGGCUGGCGCCCACCCCGCCCCCGUCGUCGCCGCCGCCCCCGCCAUCGCUGCCGCCCCUGCUCUGGCUUACGGCAAGGCCUACCACGGAGAGGACGGAAUUGAAGGUGGAGGUAAGGAUGGCGACGGAGGGUGGGGGAAGCUAUUUGAGAAGCUGUUUGGUCAAGGUGUCAGGGCCGCCAGCUUUCCGAGGAUGGAGGUACUGAAGCUCCCGGGUGACCUCCUCAUCCGUGAUGGGGGUGAUGAAGUCGUCAGGGUCAUGGGUGCCGAGGAACCGGUGGACAUGAGCCGUGACCAGGUGGACAUGGGCGGGGUCAAUGGGAUCAUCGACCGAGACAAAGUAAAGGGGGGUGGGGAGUUUGGUGCGGGGAGAGACGACACGGGAGAUAACAGCAGAGGUGAUGUUGAGGGCAAGCAGCGCCUCCCGGAGGUCGUCGGCGGCAUAUUUAAAAGGGAGGCCGCGGACAACAACCCGGAGCCGCCUCGGCCUCUCUGGGGAGGUGGAGCAGCCGAUGUUCUGUUCUCCAAAAACAUGAAUUACCUUCUAGAGGUCGGCAGGGGAUUCGGCGGUGGGGGUGGCUUCAGAGUCGGAGGAGGCCGCAGCAGGCUUCCUCUUGCGAGACUCCUGCUCGACCUGCAUGGUGUCGUCUGCAUUGUCGGCGGCAGCGGCAUGAGGGUGAUCAUCUUCGCGGCGGUAGUGGCUGUGGCUCGCGCCAUCUACCUGGACGCCCCCGCGGUGUACUCCCCGUACGCCGCCCGCGCCUAUGCUGCUCCCGCUUACGCCGCCCCGACUGUCGUCGCCGCCCCCGCCGUCCGCGCUGCCCCUGUGGCCGUCGCCGCCCCCGCCGUGAGAGCCGCCGCAGUGCCGGUAGCUGCCGCCGCCCCCGCAGCCGUGGCCGCCGCCGAGUACGACCCGCACCCGCAGUACAGCUACGGCUACAGCGUGUCCGACGCCCUCACCGGCGACUCCAAGACCCAUCAGGAGAGCCGCGACGGAGACGUCGUCCAGGGCAGCUACAGCCUGGUCGAGCCUGACGGCUCCGUGCGCACCGUCGACUACACCGCAGACCCCGUCAACGGCUUCAACGCCGUCGUUCACAAGGAGGGUGGAGUCCACCCGCCGGUCGCCGCCCCCGCCCCUGUGGCCGUGGCCGCCCCCGCCGUAGCCAGGGCUGCCAUCGCCGCCCCAGCUGUGGCCGCCGCCCCUGUGGUUAGGACAGCCAUCGCCGCCCCUGCUGUGGCCGCCGCCCCUGUGGUGAGGACCGCCGUCGCCGCCCCCGCCAUCGCAGCCGCCCCCAUCGCCAGGGCAGCCAUCGCAGCUCCAGCCUACGCCACCUACGCCGCCGCACCCUUCGCCAGGGCUGCUUACGCUGCCCCUCUCUACCCGUACGGUAGAGCUUACCUCCGCUGAACCUUUUUUAGACAUCCACUGACGUAUGACUAUUACAUAAACUCUUGCCCUGGAAUUCGCUGAUCAUCUGUGUAUUUAUGCCAUGUAAAUAAAGGCGCUGACUCAUAA